AUUAAAAGGAGUAAACAGUGCGGCUCUCUUUAAAGAUCGUGUUUUAAGAGAAGCUAUAAAAUUCUGUUAAUAGAAAAGUAGAUAAAAUUAGAAGACCUAAUGAAGACUGCUCCACAUCAAAGACUAGUUAUGGUUGGAGAUCGUGACGGGCUAAAAGAGUUGCUACGUCGUCGAUUAGUUGAAUGUGGAUGGAGAGAUCAAGUAAAAUUAAUCUGCAAGGAUUUAAUAAAAGAACAUGGUCAUGAUAUUACUUAUGAUAAAUUGCUCUCAAUGGUUACAACUAAAGCAAGAACACUUGUUCCAGACUCUGUUAAAAAGGAACUCCUACAGAAAAUAAAAAAUCAACUGAUUGCUCAAGAAGAAAAAUUAAAAAUGUAACAAUAAGAAAUUCAUUACACUAUCAUACUAUGGCCAUACUGCAAUAGCUGAUAAAUUUACACUAAGAUUACAAAUAUAUUAUAUUUACAUAUAAACUGAUAGAAGUGCCUUGGUUGUCUAACUAUAUAAAUAUAAACCUAUUUUGCUUUUAA